AUGCACUCGUAUAUUUAUUUAAUGGGAAUAUUCCCUGCGCGCGACUGCUGCCGUGGCGGUAUCGGCGUAGUAUGCGCUUGCGCCGGUGUCCGAGAGCUCACGGAGCCGCACGACUCUGCCCGAGCUUACCCGAACGCGCCGACCUACUUAUGCCCCUUUGCAACGCUCCAAGUGGUCGAGCGUGGAUUUUUUCUUCAUUUUCCGAUGAAAUGCCGUCUCAGUAACUAG